AUGGUGUGGAUGAGUCAAGUAGUAGAUGAGAGCAAAGAUGUGUAUGAUUACGAAAAUGCAUUUGCUAACUUGUUCAAUGGCAAUGGUGAGGAUGAGUUGGCAGAUAAACCAAAAUUUGGAGUGUCAGCUGUUGGCCCACCUAGAAUAGAAGAGGAAGGGAAGGAGCAUUACAUGGAGGUAGGUGUUGAUCCUAAUGGAGAUGAGCCAACCGGAGCUAAUGAAGAGUGGAGGUAUUUAAAAAAGGUCGAAAAAGGACACAUAUUUGUUGACAAAAAUGCAUCUGUUCUGGUUAUUAGACAACAUGCUAUCAAGAAGGAGUUCGAGACUAACAUCACACAUAGUAACAAAGAUCGGUAUAGGGCAAAGUGUGUAGACCCUAAUUGCAAGUGGGUUGUUUAUGCAAAAAGGGUUCUUAGUGACAUCAUGUUUAUGUCCUCUCCUACCCCUCCGCCGCUCCUCUCCCAAACUCCCCGACCCCGAUGGCCUCCGCCGCUUCGUGCCCACGCGCCCGGCGAUCCCGGCCGCCGCGGCGGCGACGGAGGCCUUGACGCGAUCCUAUUGGCCGCGGAGCUGCUCUGCCUCGCGCCGGCUGUCAUCUUCUCGGUGGUCUGCGCCGCCCGCCUCGUCUUCACGCCGGGUGUCAGCGCUGCGCCGCCGGUCGCGGGCGGGAGGUUGCUCGUCGUGCAGUACGUUCUGUUGGUGGGCGCGGUGGCGAUCGGGAGCCUGAUACGGCGGAGGCAGUGGGAGCGGCUUCGCCCCUUGGGCCGCGGCGGCGCCGAGGCUGUGGGGAGGAUCGAGAAGCUGGAGGAGAGUAUGAGGGGCGUGGUGGCGGCCGUUGGGGUGCUGUCGAGGACUGUGGAGAAGCUCGGCCUCAGAUUUAGGGUGUUGCGGAGGAAACUGAGGGACCCUAUCAGUGAGACAGCAACUUUAGCCCAAAAGAAUUCUGAAGCCACUCGUAUACUAGCUGCACAAGAAAACCUUCUUGAGAAAGAAAUUGGUGCAAUUCAAAAGGUGCUAUAUGCAAUGCAGGAACAACAGCAAAAGCAACUUGAGCUAAUCCUCGCUAUUGGGGAAGCAAGCAGGUUACUAGAUGGUGAGCAGGACAUGUUAGACGAGGGCAGCGCUAGAUCAUCUAGCACAAGUCCAGCUCCAGGGAGGGAGAACAAACGGGCAAAUACAAAAUCUCAAGUAAUUACACUAGGCAAUAACAAGCCCUGAUUUUAUCUUCUGAAAUGGUAACAUGAAGCAUCCAGGAUAGACCUUCGGUUUUGUUCCAUCCAAGAUUGAGAAGCAUGGACGGUUGAAGUGCCACGGCUUUAAAUGGCAAAGCUGGUAACGACAUUUCAGUAUGUACUCUGUAAACAACUGACCAGAAAAACUGCAGUAUAGCAUGUGAUUUGUACAGGGCAAGCUGGUGUAUUCGCAAGGUUCCGUGACAUCUCUGUUUGGCCACCAAGAGUUUCUCCAUGGCUUUGCACUAACUACAUGGACAUUCAAAUGUGAUUGAUACGUCCAUUGGACGUCGUCCGUC